AUGGAUAGAGUAUCAAGAUUGGCUUCACAGAAGGCAGUAGUAAUCUUCAGCAAGAGCACUUGCUGUAUGUGUCAUGCCAUCAAAAGAUUGUUUUAUGACCUUGGUGUGAGCCCUGCAAUUCAUGAACUUGAUGAAGACUCAAGAGGAAGAGAGAUGGAAUGGGCACUCAUGAGGCUUGGAUGUAACCCUACUAUACCUGCUGUCUUCAUAGGUGGUAAACUUGUGGGUUCUGCUAAUGAAGUCAUGACCUUACAUCUCAAUGGCUCAUUAACAAGAAUGCUCAAAGAUGCAGGUGCUAUUUGGCUUUAAUUUUACUACCUUACUCAACUCACUUCUUCUUAUACCGAGUCAACU